GCGAAUCCCCGGAGACUUUCUUGGGGCCACACAGCUCACAAUUGGGGUGCUUGCUGACUGGCGGAACGGUCGCAUUUGUCACUGGGCUAUAGCAUCUUGCGGCAGCAGAACAGAAAUCCGAUCUCGCGCCGUCCGCCAGCGUAAAAACCACAUUGGGCCGCCGCGGGAGUUUCGGCCCGCAAAAGACGCCGUCGAAGCGGCAAAAGAAAGAUGUUCGCCGCCCUGAAGGAAGCAGCCAGCCAAUUAGCCGAGAAGACGGAGGAGGGCGUCGGCUUGCUAGCUACGCAUCUCUCGGAGGAAGGGCGACACAAAUUACGUUUAGAGAGGGAAGCCGCCGAAAUUGAGAGGAGGAACGAGGAGAGCUGUCGAGUCGGAUUCGCUGGUAAAAGAGCGGUCUGGUUCCGCGACUGGAAGCGCGACCUCGGCUUUUACGUCGAGAAUCAUCACUCUUUGAUAGCAGCUUUUCGCGGCCACGCGCUACACCCGUUCAGCCGCGCUCAUCGGGCGGCGCACGUCUUCUGCGUGCUGGGCCUCAACGUCUUCCUCGCGGCGUGCGUCGCACAGCGCUACCCGCUGCUGAAAGAUCCAAAUCAUUAUUUGGCUGUCGCAUUGGCCGCGUUCCUGAACAUUAUUUAUGAUCAAAUUUUGAAGAUCCUGGCGUCGGCGCCCUGCGCGGAGAAGGGCGGCUGCUGCGACUGCUUCUGUUGUCGAGAUCUAUGUCGUGGUUUAGGCUCGAUCUCGCUGUAUCUAGCUUUAGCGGCGUCGUUGUGCGUCGGCGCUCUGGGCUGCGUCCUGGCCUACCAAUUACCACCUUCCACGAAAUUCUUCACGAUCUUUUGGGUCGUGAAGGCUUUGGCCUGGUCCUUCGAGCUCCUCACGCUGCUAUUUUCGUUCUACCGGAAGCGGGAGCAACAACGGCCGUUCUGGGAAGGGAGCUUGGAGGGCGACGCCUACCCCUACCAAGGGUUCCCGCACGUCGACUAUUUGGAGGAUCGGCGCGACGACGCCGACGCGGCGGCGGCGGCGCGGCGGGGCAAAGAGAGGGAGCGCCGCGAGAACGAGAAGCGGCGCAAGGAGCAGAAGCGGGGCGUUUAUAGGGACGAGGUCAAGCCCGGCGACGUCGAGAGUGGCGGGGGCAACCCGUUCCUGGCGGCGCACGAGUCGGCGGCAGUGCGGCACGACCCGCUCGACGAGUUGGGGUCGCGGCGGCGCGUCGGGGGGGGCUUCCCCUGAUUUUUGUGUUGUGUAAUCAGUCAUCUUGA